CAUGCCUAAAUAUGAAUCUUUUAGAACCUUAGUAUCAAGAUGUAAUGACUGGCUAAGAGUUAACAGCCAAUUAAAAGUGGUCAGUUGUGAAACGUUUAGCGUAAAUUUGCCAUCUGAAAAAAAGAAAGGAAUAGUUAAUUGUAAGAAAACUGUGUUAGAAACUGGAACAACACCAUCCCUAAAUAUAACCAAACUGCAAGAUCGUUAUAUAGAUGUGAUAAAAUGUUUCAGAGUUCAUUUAAAGCCAAAGUGUUCAUUGGAUUCGGCAGAACCAGAUCAAAUUGGAUAUUUAAAUAUUCUACCAGAGAUAUUAAAAGAAGCUGGAAUAUUUUCAUAUCCUGAAUUUUCAUCUUGGAAUGAUACAUUAAAAAGUUUGAAUCAAUAUUUAAAGCAACAGCCUAUAUCGGGUAGAAUAUUAUGUGUUCAAUCUCUUGGAUUCUAUAGAACAGAAAAAUCAUUCGAUCCUGAAGAUUGUAGGAUGAGAGAACAUUCUUUUGGAGGAUCGAACAGCUUUCAAUUAAGAUUGUACUAUCUUCAAGGAGAGCCCGCUCACGAAGAACUAGGAUCAAUAGAUUUUCCCCCAAAUCUCAUUAGAAAACCAGGAGCAUUGACUCUUGGCAAAGUAGAAAAGUUAUCUUCCGUUGUCGACAGAGUUCAAUCAUGGAUUUCAUCUCAAAAAGGCAUUAAAGUAACAAAUAUUCAAACUAUAAAUUUUAGCUUUGAUAUUUAUGAUGGUAAAGAGAAGGUUAAUACUCAGAAUAUACAACAUUUUAAAAGUGAUGUACCUAUGGAACAUUUUGUUCGUGUUCUUCGAGUAUAUUAUAUUCCGGAAUGUGAACUUCCGAUGGCGGCUGCGAAUAGUUUAGCUUUUGCCGCAAAAAAAGCUUUAAGAAAGGAAAUUAAGAGUAGAAUACUUGCUUUAUCGGAAAGCGAAAAGUUAAGACAAUCAGAAAUCGUUACAAAAAAGUUAAUAGAACGCGCCGAAUUUAAAAAUAGCGAACGUAUAUGCGUAUUUCUCAGUAUGUCUGAUGAGAUAAGAACAGAGGUGAUUUUAUCAAAUAUAUUUAAAAAUAACAAAAAAUGCUUUAUACCUCGUUACGACGGACCAAAUAUGGAUAUGGUUGAAUUAUACGGAAUGGAAGAUUAUGAUAAACUUCCAGAGACUUCUUGGAAAAUUAAACAACCCAAAUCUGACGAUAAUCGUAACAAUGCUAUCGAUAGUGGCGGAUUGCAUUUGCUUCUUAUUCCUGGUUUGGCUUUUACUACCACUGGAAAACGUUGCGGAAGAGGAAAAGGCUAUUACGAUAACUAUUUAAAGAAUUACGAAUCAAUUUUUAAAAAAAGACCAAUAACAAUUGCCUUAGCGUUUAAAGAACAGAUAUUUGAUGAUAUACCAACAACUGAUAAUGAUAUGCCAAUAGACGCCGUUCUAUACGAAGAUAAGUGA